CAAUGCUUAGCUCAAUGGAGAGGCAGGAGAUAGACACCAGGAAGUUUCAUAAGAGUGACCUAUUAGAUGACAUUCAGAAGCUGAGGUUGGAGAUUAACAGCGUCAUGACGGAAAUCCACAACAUUGAGGCGGACGAGGAGAACAAAAAUGUUGUGAGAAACAAGAGGUUCUUAAGUGGGAAAAAGAAAUUCAACAUGGACCCUAAAAAGGGUAUUCAGUACCUGGUUGACAAUGACCUGUUGGAGUGGACAGCAGAGGCAGUGGCUGAGUUCCUAUACAAAGAGGAAGGACUGAACAAGACAGCCAUUGGGAACUUUUUAGGAGAGAGGGAGGAAAUGCACCUUCAAACUCUGAAAGCCUUUGUAGAACUACACGAGUUCUCCGACCUGAAUCUGGUGCAGGCACUGAGGCAGUUCCUGUGGAGUUUCCGUCUCCCUGGAGAAGCCCAGAAGAUUGAUAGGAUGAUGGAGGCAUUCGCUACACGCUACUGUGACUGUAAUGCAGGGGUCUUCCAGUCAACAGACACCUGCUACAUCCUGUCCUUUGCCGUCAUCAUGCUGAACACCAGUCUCCAUAACCCCAACGUGAAGGACAAGCCCACUCUGGAGCGCUUCUUCAGUAUGAACAGAGGCAUCAACAACGGGGGUGACCUGCCCAACGACCUGCUCAUGAAACUCUAUGAGAGCAUUCGGAACGAGCCGUUCAAAAUUCCAGAGGAUGAUGGGAACGACCUCACACACACCUUCUUCAACCCAGACAGAGAGGGUUGGCUGCUCAAAAUGGGAGGAAGGGUGAAAACAUGGAAGAGGCGGUGGUUUAUUUUGACAGACAGCUGUCUGUACUACUUUGAGUAUACCACAGAUAAAGACCCCAUAGGGAUCAUUCCCCUUGAGAACCUCUGUGUAAGAGAGAUAGAAGACUCUAUCAAACAGUAUUGUCUAGAGAUCUACAACCCCAGAGGGCAGAAGAUCAAGGCGUGCAAGACAGAGAACGGAGGCAGGGUGGUGGAGGGGAAACACCAGUCCUACAGGAUGAGUGCAGCCACAGCAGAUGAGAGAGAUGACUGGAUAGGCUCCAUCAGAGCAAGUAUCACCAAGGAUCCCUUCUACGACCUGGUGUCAUUGCGCAAGAGGAAAGUCAUCAACAACAACAAUGCUUCACAGGACUGAGACAUCGGACAUGAUAUAAAGCAUCAUGGGAAUUGAGCCCGGUAAUGAUCUGUAGAGGUCCCUCUCCGUAACAGCCAGUUUUUUGAAAUGCUUGGAAAUGAUGGACUGGUUCAAGUAAAUAGACAUGGCGCUUAACAUUACAAUGCUGUACAGUACAGCAUUAGUGCAAUACUGUAACUCAGAAUGAAAAAAAAUAAUUGUGACCUGUGUGUGGUUUAAAGCUGUCAAACCAGAAUCUCCCCAUACCUCAUACUGUAGGUCUAAUUUUAUGUUUGAAGUUAGAGUCACUCAGUCUGUUCAAUUACUAAUAUAAAGUGAUUUCUGUCAUUAUUUCUUAGAAAUAAGAAUUUAAAAGUACGUGGGAGAGAGUUGCAAACCAAAAUAAGUGUGUAGCACUGUAAUAAUAAUAAUAAUGCAUCAUUCUAUAAGGACAGAUUUGAACAUGUAAUGUAUAAUGCAAAGUUACUAAAAUGUAGUUGUAUAUAGUUCUAAUUGAUUCUGUACCAUAAGCAUAGAACAAUGGAAAUAUCAGGUAAGUAUUACGGAAAUGCACCACCUUUUCACCUUGCACCAGGCUCAGCGAUUUCAGUUCCUAGUAAGCCUCUGUACUACUAGCCUUUUCCUCUCCCAAGCCUGUAGAAUUCCUGUUACGUGGACACAAAACUUCAACACUGAUUCAGUGUUCAUACAGGAAAUAUAUAUGGAUUUAUUUUUCAA